AUGGCUGCCCCUGUGGUUUUGAUUAUCGGCUGCGGAAUCGCAGGCCCAGUCCUUGGGAUUUUUUAUAAGCGCCAGGGGUAUCAUCCUAUUGUCUUCGAGAAGGUCCAGACUUUAGGAGAUGCGGGAGCGUCAUUGAUGCUCAUGCCGAACGGUAUGAAGGUACUUAACUUGAUAGGCAUCGCUGACCAAAUCACAAAGGAAUCGCUGCCACUGACAGGCUUUUGGGACGGUAUCUCCUCUGGAGAGACAUUGGGUCAAUCGGGCCUCCCCUCGGCUUUUACAGCGAAGUACGGCCAGCCGGCAGUGGGUGUUAAGCGCACUUCGAUCAGCCUGAUGUUGAAAACGAGGCUGCUGGAGAUGGGCGUCGAACUGCGCGAAGGGUGCCAAUUGGUGAAGAUAGAGGAGGGUCAGGAUUCCGUCACAGCCGUCUUCAACGGGGGCCAGAGAGUGACAGGUGCGUUCCUCAUUGGCUGCGAUGGCAUUAAGGCAGCCUCACGCCAUGCAAUGCUGGGUAUACAGGGUAUCCCCACGGCCUUGCCGAGCUUUACUGGCCUGAUCCAGAGCGCGGGCAUCUCGCCUACACCGCAGUCGCUCGAUGCCUUUCGACGCGGUAGCCUGUGUAACUGGUACGGCGAUGGCGUACACGUCAUUGCUUAUCCUAUAUCGCCUGCCCUUACCUCCUGGGCCAUCACCCUACCAGAAUCGCAGGACCAGGAAGAAACAUGGCGCGUGUCCGACCCAUCGGAGAUUGAGGCACAGCGCGAGGCGCUAGCAGCAAGGUUGACGAGUUUCGAACCGAUCGUGCUUGACCUGAUCAAGACGGCAACCCGAAUUGUCAAAUACGGCCUGUUCGAUCGCGAAGAACUAAGACCUGAGCAGUGGUAUUCGAAGCGCUGCGUGUUGGUCGGCGAUGCGGCGCAUCCGACGAGUCCUCACCUAGGGCAGGGUGCUAACCAGGCUCUGGAAGACUGCUACCAUCUUAUCCAACUCAUGCCGUUCCUAGAUACGAGUAGCGGAGACUACACCAAGGAAUGGGAGAGGAUCAGCACAGGUCUCCCGAGCUUCUUCAAGGCCUACGCGGAGAAGCGUCAGCCACGCACAUCAGCGUUGGUGAACGAGGCUCGCGCUGUUGGCGAGAGACGUGUAGUGACUGGCGGUACUGCUCUGUGCCGAGAGCGUGAUGCUGUGAUUGCAAAGGCGUGGAGCCAUCCCGACAUCGUCAUGGCCAAGUAUGAUAGGCUGUUCAAGGAGCCGUUUUGA